UCGGAUAUCGGCCUCUUCAGGAAAUCGAGCCGAUCCUUUCUCAAUCUCCGAGUCGUAGCCAGAAGCGGAGACCAAUACGCUCUACAUAUAUAUUUCCAGGGGGGCACCCCCGAUGCCGUCAGAUUCAGAGGAGACCAGAUACCAGCAGGCCAUCAGAAAAGCUCUCCAGGCGACGGCGCCCCCGAUGCCGUCAGGUUCAGAGGAGACCAAAUACCAGCAGACCAUCAGAAAAGCUCUCCAGGCGACGGGUGCCAUGGUUGAUCCUCUCACUCUUCGGCAUAUUUGUGCCAUGACGAAAAUCGUUCGAGAAGAUAGGCUUGGCCGCUUACCCGACGAUAUUUUGGUUAACAUCCUUGACAGACUCAAUGUCCGAGAGGCUGUAAGAACCAGUGUCCUUGCCCGGCGGUGGCUGCAUCUCCCUGCUAUGCUCUCUCGUCUCACCAUAGAUGUUCGGGACUUUGUGGCUAAACCUGCUACAACAUGCCGUGGAGAAGAAAUUGAACGGGGCAAUACAACUAUGGUUGAAGUGACAAAGAGCGUCCUGGCCCGUAGGGUUUCAUGCCCAAACAAGAUUCGCUCCAUGUGCAUGGCGUUCUUCUUGAGAGAAGUUGACAUAAUAUCCAUUGGACAAGCUGUUGAGUGCAUCAUGGCGUUCCACACGGUUGACUUUGAAAUCACAGUUUUUACAGAGAUGGAUUACACUCGUUGCAAUCAGGAUGAUAAGAUCAACUACGGGAUACUAUUCAGGUUGUUUGUUGAUUCUUGUCCAAUUGCAUUUGGUGGUGUCACACGCCUCUGCCUAGAGAAUUUGAGAUUUGGUGAAUCGGACAUCCCUAACGUCAUCAAUGUAUGCAAAGGAUUAAAGCAUCUAAGCCUGUCCUAUUGUAAUGCCGCAAGAGGGACCAUUAUGAAAGUUGAACACUCUCAACUCAGUGAGCUGCUUAUUUUUAAUUGUUGUUUUGAAAAAGUCGAACUCAACUCGCUGCCAAAACUCAUAUGGAUGAUCUUCGGGGGUUGGAAGUCAAAUGAUCCACUGUUUCUGGGUUAUGUCCCAUUGCUUGAGGCUGUUAGCCUUAGUACUGUCAGUCUUAGUCACCACAAGAUGGUCAAGUUAAGUGAGAUUUUUGGCGGUACCUCUCCACGGUCCCUGAGGUUGGGAUUUGAAUGCGAAAGGAUUUGGGUUGAACCAGAAAGUGUGACGAAAAAAUUGUCAUCUGUGUUCCAUCAACUAACGUUUGUGAAUCUAGAUAAUAUUGCUGAAGGGUGUGAUCUCACAUGGACAUUGUUCAUCCUUGAAGCUGCUCCCAACCUUAAGGAGCUAUACCUGAUGGUAAGGGAUCAUCUGUGUAUAAUGAGAACAAAUGAGGAGGAGAGGAGGGCAUUCUCCUAUAGCGAGAAGAAGGGUGUUGAGUGGAAAUCACCUGCAUAUGAUUUCCAGCACCAUAGCCUGGUCACGCUAGUCAUCUUUGGCUUUCAGUCUGACUGCAUGGUUAGGUAUGUUAGAUGUGUCAUGCAAGCGGCUGUGAACCUGAAAGAUGUUUUCCUGUACCAUAGGCUGAACUGCAAGAAGUGCCAGAAUAGCUAUACUAACCGCCCGCUGAAGUAUCCAUCUGACGAGGAAGAGAAAGGUACAGUGCUAAAGAAACUCACCAGGAGGAUCAAGUCGUCUGCCACAGUUCACUUGCCGGAUGCCAACAUAAGUGCUGACCAACGUGCAAAAAUGGGUGUUCUUCCAAAACUGCGAGGAUGCUGACCACCUUGCAAACAGGCUGACCUUCCAGACCUGACAGCUUGUUUGGUUGGAGGGAGCUCAGUGAAGGGAAGGGAGUUUAGGAGGCAUGUGUUGUUAAGUCCCUUGUUUGUUUGUUUGAGGGUUGUAGAAUUUGGUUGGGUUAAAGAAAGGGAGUUCAUGACCUCAAUCCUCCUCAUUAACACGUGUUCGAUAUGUUAAGGAGUUUGUUUGCUGCUAUUAAAGCCCCAUCUUUAAAUUAUUAUUAGACUCCAAGCAGAUGGUUUGGAUUUCAUUAAGUUUAUGUAUCUUAAUUUAUAUGAAAGAUACCGUAAUUUUAGUCC